AUGCCAUCUGGUGUGCCUCAGGACAAGCAAUCAUUGUUGCCGAGACGCACCUCCCUGCGAUUAGCACAGUCGAACCCCAGAUCCACCGCCGACCGUCCGAGUGACCACGGGGCUAAUCAGAGAAAUGAAGAGAUUGAUCAGAGCUGUGUCUCUACUUCAGUCGAGGUUGCUAUACCCUUGAAGCAGUCACCUCCGUGCGCUUCUUCUUCCUCUUCCUCGGAUGACACGUUUGGGGAAGGAAGAAACGACUAUGAUACUCCUGCAACUAGCAUUGUUAUGACUCCUGCAGAGUCCGAUGUGAAUAAGCCCAGGAGGAGAGUUAAUGCUUCUACGCGAGCUCGGGAACUUCGCUCAAGAACAACGCCCCUCAGUAGCAUGCAAAGAGGGCUUAAGCGGAACGCCGCAGCACUCUCCCCGGAUGACUCGACUCUGGGUGCCUCAGACGAGGCUUUCGCUGAGGCUCUGCAAAUGCAAGAAUAUCAGGAAUCCUUUUCCAAGCGUCGGAAGAUUGCCGUGAGCGCCAGUCGUGACACCCCAGAGAUCGAAAAAUCUACCGAGGAUGAUGACAUCCUGGAGCACAUCGAUUCUGACGGCUUCGAGGAUGCUGAGGAUGAAGAGGACCUUGAGCCUUGGCAGCCAAAGCGCAGUAUUAGGACUUCUCGGCGGUCGACAACGCAGCAAACCGUUCCGGAUAGCGAAGCUUCUGACUUAAGUGAUGAUGAAGCAGGGGAUGGAAACUAUCAAACUGAAUCGGAAGCAGAGGGCCCCCCAUCGUCUAGUAGUGAGGAGGAGCCUUUGAUUGCCGAAAGGGCGAGGAACUCCGGCAGAUCAAAUGCCAGUUCAGGCUCACGAGCGCGGAGGCAAGCGUUAAGGAACCAACGACGCACUCUUAUUCCAUCUUGGAUGAGUCAACGAGCUUACAGGGAGCGACGCAAACUUGAAAAGCAACAUCCUCUCAUCACAAAAAUGUGGGACGACUUGAAGAACACGCCCCCUAUUACACCGGUACUAGCAGAACAGCCUCCGGGCAUUUCGAGAACGCUGAAGUCGUACCAGCUCGAGGGCUUGAACUGGAUGUUGCAGCAAGAGAAAAGCCAAUAUAAAGGUGGUUUGCUGGGUGACGAGAUGGGCAUGGGCAAGACUAUCCAGGCGGUCUCCCUUCUCAUGUCUGAUUAUCCUGUCGGCAAACCAUCGCUUGUUGUGGUGCCACCUGUUGCUUUAAUGCAAUGGCAGUCUGAAAUCAAAGAAUACACGAAUGGCCAGUUGAACGUUCUUGUGUACCACAACUCCAAUGCCAAGGUCAAACACUUAACAAAGCAAGACCUUGAAUCUUAUGAUGUGAUCAUGAUCUCUUAUUCCGGCCUCGAAUCCAUUCAUCGGAAGGAGUGGAAAGGAUGGAACCGCAACGACGGAAUCGUGAAAGAAGAUACGCAUAGCAUCAAGCAACGGACUACAAGUGUUGCACGUGCAUGUUUUGCCCUUAAAGCCUCUUAUAAGUGGUGUCUUUCUGGCACUCCUGUUCAGAAUCGGAUCGGCGAAUUCUUCUCCCUUCUUCGCUUCCUCGAAGUACGCCCAUUUGCGUGCUACUUCUGCAAACAGUGCAAAUGUCAGCAACUUCAUUGGUCCCAGGAUGCGGAUAAACGUUGUGGCAAUUGCAAGCACAGUGGGUUCAGCCAUGUAUCAGUCUUCAAUCAGGAGAUCCUGAAUCCCAUUACCGAACGAGACAAUCCAGAAGCCCGCAAGGAGGCCCUGGCCAAACUUCGCUUGAUAACUGAUAGGAUCAUGCUGCGUCGAGUCAAGCGCGAUCACACCGCUUCAAUGGAGCUUCCUCCGAAACGCGUUGUUCUGCAUAACGAGUUUUUCGGAGAAAUCGAACGUGAUUUUUCCAGGAGCAUCAUGACGAAUUCUACCCGGCAGUUCGAUACAUACGUUAGCCGAGGCGUGAUGUUGAACAACUACGCCAACAUCUUCGGUCUGAUCAUGCAGAUGCGGCAGGUUGCGAAUCAUCCAGACCUGAUCUUGAAGAAGCAUGCCGCCGGUGGACAGAACGUCCUGGUAUGCAGUAUCUGUGAUGAGCCUGCGGAAGAGGCUAUUCGGUCUCGUUGUCAUCAUGAGUUUUGUCGUCGUUGUGCCAAAGAUUACAUCCAGUCUUUCGAAGCAGACAGCGUCGUUGAUUGUCCUCGCUGUCACAUCCCCCUCUCUAUUGAUUUCGAGCAGCCAGAUAUUGAGCAGGAUGCGGAUCACAUCAAAAAGAACUCCAUCAUAAAUCGCAUCCGAAUGGAGGACUGGACUUCGUCGACGAAGAUCGAGAUGCUUGUUUACGAGCUGUACAAAUUGAGGAGCCAGAAGCAGACUCACAAGUCCAUCGUUUUCUCGCAAUUUACCUCUAUGCUUCAGCUUGUUGAAUGGCGUCUUCGUCGGGCUGGUUUCAACACCGUCAUGCUGGAUGGGACGAUGACACCUGCACAGCGUCAGAGAUCAAUUGAUUAUUUCAUGAAUAACGUUGAUGUAGAGGUUUUCCUUGUGUCUUUGAAAGCAGGGGGUGUGGCCUUGAACUUGACCGAGGCCUCAAGAGUUUUCAUCGUCGACCCGUGGUGGAAUCCAGCUGCUGAAUGGCAAAGCGCAGACCGAUGCCAUCGUAUUGGUCAACGACGGCCCUGUGUCAUCACCCGGCUCUGCAUUGAGGAUUCUGUAGAAUCGCGAAUUGUUCUGCUGCAAGAGAAGAAGGCAAAUCUCAUCAACGGCACGUUAAACAAAGAUCAAGGGGAGGCGCUGGAAAAGCUCACCCCGGAAGAUAUGCAGUUCUUGUUCCGCGGAUCGUGA